AAAUGCAACUUUAUUACUAGUGACACCGGCAAACAGCGGCUUCUGUGAGAUGUCGGGGCUGGUGCAGUACAUAGUACUCCGCAGGGACCUGCAGGCUGCGCUGGGAUGGCCCCUGGGGGCCCUUGUGGCUCAGGCCAGCCAUGCAGCUACUGCUGCCAUUCACCUGUACUAUGAGCACCCGCAGACCCAGGCUUACCUGCAGGAUCUGGAGCACAUGCAUAAAGUAGUGCUGGAGGUACCCGACGAGGUGACUCUAACCAGCCUGGCGGAGACUUUGAAGAAGGAGAACAUCGAUCACAAAGCGUGGGUGGAACAGCCUGAAAAUAUCCCCACCUGCAUCGCCCUGCGGCCGUACCCCAAGGAGCAGGUGCAGCCGUACCUGCGGAGACUCAAACUGCUCAAGUGACGGCGGAGAAAUAAUCCGACGGCGAGGACCGGCC